GGCACCGUCCCAAAGGACUUCAAAUUCUGCGAAGGCUUCGUCAUCACCCCCCCGGACCUCGUCACGCACUGCUUCACCAACCUCCUGCGCACGAUGCCGCCGCCACCACCGCGCGGCCCGGGCGCCCCGCAGCCUGCCAGUGGGCCGAAGAUCGUCGCGCUCUCCUCGACGGGGCUCGGGCCCGCCGCCGCCGCCGCGCUGCCGCUCGUGCUGAAGCCGCUGUACGCGGGGCUCGCGAGCCCGCACAAGGACAAGAUCGGCGUGGAGCGCGUCGCGGCGCACUGCGCGGGCUGGCGCUGGGACCCCGCCGUCCACGGCGCGCCCGUGCCGCAGGUCCUGCCGCCGGGGUGGGAGGCGGCGGAGGGGCUCCCGGCGCCCGGUGCGCUGCGGCGCGUGCUGAUUGUCCGGCCGGGGUUCCUGACGGAUGGGGAGUGCACGGCGGACGCGGUGGCGGCGAAGGGCAGGGGGAAGAGCUAUCGUGUUAGUGAGGAGGAGACGCGGGGUGUGAGCAUCUCGCGGAGGGAUGUUGCGCACUUUAUUGUCGAUGCGCUCACGCGGCGGUGGAGUGAAUUCGAGAACAAGAGGGUGAAUAUCACCUAUUAGAUCUUGUAGAAGUAUCACGGACUUGUACUCUGGUCGGCAGACGAACUGUUAUCUCAUCUUAUCUAUAGUGCUCAUCUGAUCCGAUCUACCACCUCCAUCCGGUCCGACCCGCACCGCCACCGAGCGUGCACAAGGCACUGAUCACGACUGGCGUGGAAACGAUGAUGAGCCUGGCAUGCAGCCCAGAAACUUGGCAGGCCUUGAGCGGACAUUUCGUCCGUUCAUCUGCGCUGACUUGCACAUGGGAGCAAGCGAUUAUUGCGUCUGAUGGAAACCAGGAGGCACGGUCUCCCCCUCCCCUUCCAUACUUAUCUCGGGGAGUUCCUGGUGCAUCUGGAGCGCAGCGGCGAACAGCAGGCUGUCUGUCCACCCACGAUACCCGCCGCCACCCAUCAGUGCCCGGCGGGUCAACAUCGGAAACAGUCCAAUCAGGGGCGAGCACCCAGUGGCUGGCUUCGCCAACAACAAUCAAUUAUCACGCGCUCGCUUCUGCACUUAUCUUCGCGACUUCGACGGUCCACAUGGGAUCUCUGCCGCAAUCUGUCUGCGUCUUUGCGUCUGCCAGGGCUAUAAAGCCCGCGGACGCCUUCCGCACAUGCUUCUGCAUCGCUCGUCCGGUGCCUGGCCCCGCAUACGAUGAAGCUCCCCCUCACCGCCUCGCUGCUGCUGUGCGCCGCCGCCACGGCGGCCCAGGCCGCGAAGUUCUCGCUCGCGGACGUGCAGCGCGUGACGAACGUCGCGGGCGCGUCGGUCGGCAACAAGUUCAUCGUCGAGGUGUCCGACGCGGCGAACAUCCCCACCAAGCGCGACGGCGAGACGGCGCACCAACUGCUGUACCGCACGCUGGAGGAGCGCAAGAUCUCGUAUGACGUGCACGACGAGUUCAACGUCCCGGGGAUCUUCGUCGGCGCGUCUCUCACGCUGACUGACAGCAAGGACGUCGCGAAUCUGCUCGGAGCCCCCGGCGUGCUGUUCAUCCACCCCGUGCGCACGUACAGUCGGCCAGUCCCGGUCGCCAGCAAAAAGGCCUCGCCGGGGGACGCCGGCCUGCCUGAUCCCGAGUCGACGCACAUCGACACGGGUGUGAGCAAGCUGCACGCGCAGGGCAUCUUCGGCAAGGGCGUCAAAAUCGGAAUUCUGGAUACGGGAGUCGACUACACACACCCGUUCCUUGGCCCUGGCUUUGGGCCGGGUCACAAGAUCGCGGGCGGAUACGAUUUCGUUGGCGAUGCGUACACGGGCAGCAACACGCCCGUGCCUGAUCCGGAUCCCCUGGAUCAGUGCGCAGGUCACGGUACCCACGUGGCAGGGAUCAUCGGCGCGAACCCGGGCAAUCCGUUCAACAUCAGCGGUGUUGCCUACGAGGCGAGCAUCUAUGCGUACCGCAUCUUCGGAUGCACCGGUGUCGUCCAGGAUCCCGUGAUCAUCCAGGCGCUGUUGAUGGGAUAUAAUGCGGGGAUGGACAUCCUGACGAUGAGUCUCGGAGGCCCGGACGGCUGGACGGAGGGCGCGGCGUCUGUCGUUUCCAGCCGUAUCUCCUCUGCCGGCCGUAUUGUGACGAUUGCCGCCGGAAACGAUGGCGCCAGUGGCUCGUGGUACACCUCGAGCCCCGGAAACUCGAUCACCUCGAUCUCGGUCGCGUCCUCGGAGAACACGCUGCUCCCGCUGCAGACGCUGCAGGUGACCGGCGUCACGCACGCGCCGAUCGUGUACUUCGACAGCCUCCCGCUGCCCGUGACGGGCACGCGCCCGCUGUACGUCAUCUCGAACGACACGACCGUUGUCGACGACGCGUGCAACCCGCUCCCCGCGAGCACGCCUGAUUUGUCCAAGUUCGUCGUGCUCGUGCGCCGUGGGACCUGCAACUUUGUGCGUCUGCUGCUGCUCCGUGUGGCGCGUUGGGUGGAGAGGCUGAUGCGUGGGCGCAGGUCGUGAAAUUGGCGAAUAUCGCGGCGUUUGGCGGAAAUGUGUCCAUCAUCUACGAUAACGGCAAUGGCUUUGCUCCGAUUACUGUCGGCAACUUCCAGGCUGUGUUCAUCCAAGCUGCAGACGGCGUCUUCGUGAGUCGUGUGCAGGUAUCAGUGCGACCUGGUGCUGACUAGUCGCAGCUUGCACAGCAACACGCCGCCGGCGUCCCCAUCCAGGUCUCGUUCCCCCAGGUCGGCGGCAGCGUCAACUUCCCUGACCCGACCGGCGGCCUGGUGUCGACGUUCACCUCGUACGGGCCUUCGAACGACCUGUUCUUCAAGCCGGCGAUCACGGCCCCUGGUGGCAGCAUCCUCUCGACGUGGCCGGUCCCUCUGGGCAGCUGGCAGCUGGACUCGGGCACGUCGAUGGCGACGCCCUUCCUGGCCGGCAGCUCGGCGCUGCUGCUCGCGUACAAGGGCAAAAACGCGGCCGUUGCCAAGAACGCGCGGACACUGUUCCAGUCGACGGCGUCCCCGAUCGGCACGACCAAGGACGACAGCGGCCCGCUGCAGACGGUGACGCAGCAGGGCGCGGGCUGAUCCAGGUGUUUGAUGCGCUGUUCACGCAGACGACGAUCACGCCGACGGAGCUGCUCCUGAACGACACGGCGCACUUUGCUGGACCGAUCCCCAUUUAUGUGACGAAUAACGGGAAGACGGAGAAGGAUUACACGCUCAGCCAUGUUCCUGCCGGGACAGCCCUGACUGUGGACAGCACGGACAUCUUCCCGUCCCUCGGCCCGGUGCCCCUGUCGACCGCCUACGCGAGCGUCUCGUUCAACACGCACAGCACGUUCACGCUCAAGCCCGGCAAAACGAAGAAGAUCAUCGCGACGAUCACGCCGCCCACGGCGUCGACGCCAAGACGUUCCCGGUCUACUCCGGCUUCAUCUACGCGACGAGCGGCGCGGAGCGCGUGCACGCGACGUACCUCGGCCUCGCCGCGUCGCUCAGGGACGCCGCGGUGCUCGACAACACGGACCUGAUCUUCGGCGUCGGCCUGCCCGCGCUCAUCGACACCGCAGGCAACUUCC